AUGACCAAAAGAAAAUUACCGUCGUCGGCACCGGAGGUAGUUGAUCUGACCGGAGAUGAUGACUUCCCUGGCCGUUCAGGAUCCAAGGUUCCCAAGAAGACCUCGUCUUCCUGCCCCUCUCAGGACCGUGCGCCCCUUCCAACGCCGCCAUCGUCUAGCCAGCCUGGAUAUUCCUCAUACCGCCUGACCCAGCCCUACAAAGACUACACACCGAGUCUCAGCCAACAAUCCCGCGGCAACGGCGCCCCCGAUUGCUGGUCGGCCUCUACUCAGGACCAGGAAGCAGAUAUUGCCAGGGAAAUUGAUCUCACCGAAGACUUCGACGACGACGUCUACGAGAAUUACCAGCUCUACGGUAUCCUCAACACCAAAAUUGUGGGCUGUCGAUUCUAUGACGGCCAAGCUACCGUGGGGGAGUAUGUCAGGGUUAGACGUGAACCUAGUAAUCAGUACGACAGCAAUGCAAUUCGAAUCGACAAUGUCCUCCGUGAUCAGAUUGGCCAUAUCGGGAGGAAUGUUGCUGCAAAACUGGCAGCCUUGAUGGAUUCUGGCUCGCUCCUUGUGGAAGGCGCCUUGACAGGGCCAAAGACCUACUACGACUGUCCAAUCGGCCUCAAGCUAUUCGGCACAAACGAUCCCGUUGCAGGUGCAGCUCUUGCCCGUCAAAUGCAAGAUCUGCAUCUGCCUAUUACAGAGUACAGUCGUUCGGAAAGAGAACGCAAGAAGCGCCUGGAAGAAUUUGAGAAACAGCGGAAAGCAAGAGAAAAAGCCGCCGCCGCAAUGCGGAAGCAAGGUACGACGGUCUUUGACAAUGAAGGACCAAACAGAUAUAGCAAUUUGAGCGCGCCAGUGGGCAUGGGAAGUCAGAUGGACCUAAACAUGGAUCAACUCCUCAGUGGGACUGCUAUGUUCAAUCCUCGCGAUGUGCAGGACGUGGUCAACAAGCUUGCAGGAGGAGAAGAGGUGCUUGCAAACAUGUCGAUGGCAGACCAGCCUCGCGAGCUUGUUACGGUCCUCUUGCCCUACCAGAGGCAAGGCCUUAAAUGGAUGCUCGACCACGAAUCUCCUGCGUUGCCCAAGAACGUGAAUGAUGUGGUUCAGAUGUGGAAGAAGACCGGCAAGUACUACACCAAUAUUGCAACCAACUUCUCCUUGAGCGAAGCCCCAGAUUUGGCGAGUGGAGGGCUCCUCGCAGAUGAUAUGGGCUUGGGGAAAACUAUCCAGAUUAUUUCGCUCAUUAUGGCCGAUCCUCACAAGAAUGAGGAUCCCACUCUUAUCGUUGCGCCGCUUUCGGUGAUGAGCAACUGGAGCACGCAGGCCGCCGUGCACGUCAAGAACAAAUAUGCACCACGAAUCUUGACCUACCACGGCGCAGGAAACAAGGAAUUGUCGCCAGGACAAUUGAAAGAGUACGACAUUGUCAUCACAACCUAUCAAACCAUGACCCAAGAGCUCUUCCCAUACGGAAAGACCGCAGCUCUGCCAACGCCGGCAUCGAAGGGCCUAUUCUCGGUGACUUGGAGGCGUAUCAUCCUGGAUGAAGGCCACCAGAUUCGCAAUCCCAAGUCCAAAAUGUCACAAGCGGCAUGUACCCUUCAGGCGAAGUCUCGCUGGAUUCUCACCGGGACGCCUAUCGUCAACAGCCUGAAAGACUUGUACUCCCAUGUCAAGUUCCUUCGUUUGUCCGGUGGGCUGACGGAAUUUGAGGUCUUCAAUUCGACCCUGAUUCGGCCUCUGAAGCAUGGCGACAACGGAGCACGCCUGCUUCUUCAGGCCCUAAUGUCGACCAUAUGUUUGCGACGCAUGAAGGACAUGAAGUUCAUUGACCUCAAGCUUCCCAAUAUUACAUUCCAUAAAUAUCCUGUGAGAUUUUUGCCACAUGAGAAGGAACGUUACGACGCCUUCAAGCAGGAGGCGAAAGGUCUGGUCGAGGCUGCAAAGGCCAAAAAAGGAGAUUAUUCCAUGACGCACUUGCUCGAAGUUCUCCUGAGGCUGCGCCAGACUUGCAAUCACUGGAAGAUGUGCGGAGACGAAAGAGUGAGGAAAUUGCUGGAGUUGGUCGAGUCGAACGAGGUAGUCGACGUGACCAAUUCGGCGAACCGCAAAACGCUUCAGGACAUGUUGCAGGUGCAGAUUGACUCACAGGAAGACUGCUGCGUCUGCCUGGAUUCAUUGAACAAUCCUGUCAUCACAGCUUGCGCUCACACGUUUUGUCGGGGAUGCAUUGAGAGAGUGAUUGAAACUCAGCACAAAUGCCCCAUGUGUCGUGCAGCUCUCCAGAAUAGAGAGCAACUGGUUGAACCGGCAGCGGGGAUUGGCGAAAGUGACGAGGUAGAUCUCGACAUCGAUCCCGAGAUCACCAGCACCAAGAUCGAGGCUCUGGUCAAGAUUCUCAAGGCAUCUGAAGCUGAUUCAAACGUCAAGACCGUGGUGUUCUCGCAAUGGACGUCAUUCCUCGAUCUCGUCCAGACCCAACUCCUCCUCCAUGGACUGCAAUUUACGCGUCUCGACGGGAAAAUGAACUCGACAAAACGUGACGCGGCCAUCGAUUCGCUCAACAGCGACCCAUCUUGCAGAAUUAUGUUGGCGUCUCUCUCCGUCUGCUCUGUCGGCUUGAACCUCGUGGCCGCCAAUCAGGUCAUUUUGGCAGACUCGUGGUGGGCGCCGGCGAUUGAAGACCAAGCAGUUGACCGAGUCCACCGCCUGGGUCAGACUCGAGAUUGUAAAGUGGUGCGCUUGGUGGUGGAGGGUACGAUCGAAGACGAAGUGCUUGAGAUUCAGGCGAGGAAGCGGAAGUUGGCCAGCGAAGCGUUUGGGGAGAAGGAUGGGGGCAGAAAGAGGGAGGAGAGAAGGGCAGGGACGUUGAGGGACAUCGAGAGAUUGUUGGCUUAA